CCAUUCCAUUCCCGCACGUCGUCGUCAACAAAUCGAACGGAGGAGAAAAAGUGUCUGUUUGCAUCAUCCGCGCUCGUCAGCGAGAGGGCUCUUCGCGUACAUCGCCUCCCAAAGCAAAGCAACACGACGAAUCAACAACAAACCGGAAACACACAUCGCAGAACCCGAAGUGCCGCUGUACCGGAUCUGGCAGCAUCCGCCAGCAAGCGUCUAACGCCGUAGCGAAAGCCACAGUCAGCCCAUCGGCCGCAAGAUCAUCUAUCUACUAUUUUGCCGUGCACACUUGGGGAGGGCUGCAACCACCGUGUUGUAAGCGCUCGGAAUCGAUUUGGAUGGAAGUAUGAACCAAGAGCCUUUCACAUACGCCUUAUCGCAGAUCAGUCACUUAGUGUCGAACGUGAAUAAAAAGAACACCGCGGCCACAGUUCGUCAGUUGGCGCAGUUAGUGAAGGACUUCGGACUUGAAGCCGACCGUCACUUGCUGCGUUGUUUAUUCUCAUCGAUUGACUUUGGGGACGCCUCACAUUCCGCUUCCAGAGGUUAUUGCCAGGCUCGCUUACUGGCCACUGAACUUGCGAGCCUGACAAACAAACCGCAGCUGGUCGCCAACAUUUGCUUCGCCGUCGACAAUCCGUUCCCGCAGCAAAAGUCCCUGAAGCCGUCACCGAACCUGCUGACACAGAUCUCGAAAACACUCUCGUGUACCCCGAUCCAGGAAACAGCACUUUCGGUAGCCUUGUUGAACUCGGCAAAUCCGGAUAUAGUGCGUGUUGCGGAAGCGCAUCUUAAAAUCUGUCUUAGAGGACUAAUCGAAAAUUACGUUGAAUCAGAUUCUGGCAGCAACGUCGAGGGAAGCCUUAACGACGUUUCGCCAGAAUUCCUGCAGCAAAUACUGUCCCUGAUUUCGUACGGCAAACACACCACCUACGGCCUUACCGAACAAACGUACGAACGCUUCAGGCAUCAGCUGUGUCGUGAUUUCCCGCGUGUCCGUGUGCCACUAAUCCUCGCACCACUACUAUACGCGGAAAAUUCCGAAAUCUCCGCCGAAAUACUAAAAAUCAACACACAUAGCAUCCUGCAAUCGUCGAUCAUGAAAACCUCCUGGACGAAUCUGGUUGUGGAAGUUGGUUAUUCUUUCACGGCUACCCUAGACGAUUGCCGUAAUCAUCUGCUGAAAGUUGGGGGACGAGAAAUAACGCCGCAGGAUGUGGCGAAGAUUGUGUCCUCCAUGUGCUUAACGCACGAAACUCUGUCGGAAAGUAACAUCAAUUUGCCGACGCCGAGCGCAUUCUGGCCCCAGGGCAGUGAUCCGUCCGGUCAAAAAAGCAAGGACGGAAAUGGGGGUUCGUCCGCUUCGGAAAACACCACCUGGAAGCCGGAGGUGUUGGUACAAGCACUGAAGGAAGUGGUACCGAACCUGAACUGGAAGGAGGUCUGUCUCGCAUUAGACCAUCCGGAGUUUAUGCUGAAAGAUCGUGCUGGAUUGUCAUUACUGUUGACGAUUGUAAAGAUGGGUAUGCAGUCCAGUAACAUUGGGCAGAACUUCCCGGUCGAGUGUCUUUACCAGCGGUGGACCAAUGUGGAAGGUCAGCUGUCGAUUAUUUCGCAAAUUUUGAAGAAUCCCGACUUGUACUCGUUUGCUGAUCAUAUUUACACCAGUGUUUCGCUUGAGCUGCUGAAAACCCCGCCGGAAACGGACAAUAAGGAGGUAGCCUCUUGGAUGUCAUUGCACCUUGUCGAUGUUCUGCUGUACAUUGCGGAUCAUGCCAACUUGAGCGAGAAGGUAAUGAAAAUCUUCAAGGUGCCUGGUUCGCUCUGUCCCGAUAUACUGUUUCUGGCGCUAUUGCAAAUCAAUCCACCGAUGACGACGGCCCGCCAGGAACUAUUUACCUACUUGGUGCCAAUCUUCCUGAGCAACCAUCCGAAUGCGGGUACCAUUCUUCACCAUGCCUGGAACCAUUCAACGUUCAACCUUACGCUGCGGCCAAUCAUACUGCACGCUAUGUCCGACUGGUACAUGGUUGGAGAGGGUGAUCAAUCACGGCUGUCGCGCAUCCUGGAUGUAGCACAGGAUUUGAAAGCACUGUCGAAUCUGCUCAACAUUCGUACGUAUAUGUUCAUCAUCGAUCUGGCUUGUCUGGCUUCGAGGCGCGAAUAUUUGAAGCUGGAGAAGUGGCUGGCGGAUAAAAUCCGCGACCAUGGAGAACCGUUUGUGAAGACGAUUCUCAAAUUUCUCCAACGCCGCUGUCCGCAAAUUAUGGGCGGGAAGUACAGCGAGGAACAGAUCCCGAAAUCGGCUCAGUUGCCACCGGAAACGCUCAGCACAAUCCUCAACUGUUUGCAAGCGUGCAUCGGAAAUUGUACGCCCGAAGUAGCGGAAAUGAUACACAACAUGACGCAGUACGGUAUAUUGCUCAAUUCGAAGACACGCGCCCAACAGCAACAGCAGCAGCAGCAACAGCAACAACAACAAGCUCCUCAGCAGCAACCACCUCCGCCGGGUGUAUUGCGAUCGCAUCGUGGGCUAGAAGCUUUCGGUGCGGCGAACGCAAUGGGCAGCCAGUUGCUGCCACCAAUGGUUGACUCGUUGAACAGUCUGACAGCGAACAUUGGUGGGCUUAGCAUCGGCGGUCCUGGCGGUGGAAAUAGUGCGUUUAGCUUCAACAACAUCAUAGCUACGCCUGCAUCACCGUCGCGCUUGCUUCCAUCGAGUAGUCCGUUCCCAAUGAUUCCGCUUCCGGCUGCUGCGGCAGCCGCACAUGCCAGUACGCUGGGUCGUUUACAGCAAACACCGAACGAUAAACUGGUGGGUGGUGCUGGUGGAGGUGGAGGAGGCGCCGGUGGCAUUCCGAAUGCUGCCAUUACACAGUCACCGUUCCAGGCGGAUGCGGCGCAGCCCGUUUCGAAGGAGGUUGAGGAUGAGGCGAACAGCUAUUUCCAGCGUAUCUACAACUUGCCGCCCCAUCCGACGCUGUCGAUCGACGAGGUGCUCGACAUGUUGCAGCGCUACAAGGAUUCACCGAAUCGGCACGAAAACGACGUUUACCAGUGCAUGCUGCGGAAUCUGUUCGAAGAGUACAAAUUCUUCCCCCAGUACCCGGACAAGGAGCUCCAGACGACGGCCCAACUGUUCGGUGGAAUGGUGGAACGAAAUCUCGUCACGACAUAUGUUGCCCUCGGGCUAGCUCUGCGAUGCGUGCUGGAUGCGCUCAAAAAGCAGGAAGGUACCAAGAUGUACUAUUUUGGUAUAACGGCGCUCGAUCGGUUCAAAAACAAGCUCCAUCUGUACCCGAAGUAUUGCGAGUACGUGCGUUCGAUUCCGCACUUUAGCGAGUUUCCGGCGCAUCUGAUCGAUUACAUCGAUUACGGUGUUCAGGGGCUGGAGCCACCGAACAAAACGCUCGGUCCUGGACCGCUGCCCCCACCGAUCCUGCAGUUCAUCCCGAGUGGUGCGGCUGGUCGUGGCCCAGCAGUCGGAAAUCCACUGUACCGAAGCAAUUCCGUCACUGGCACCAGCAAUCUUACGCUGGCCGGUUCAACGUCCGCUUCCGCUGCAGCGGCGGCAGCGGCCACCGUCGCUGGUGGUGGGGCAGGCAGCAGUGCGGGAACACCCGGCAAAAUAAACCUUCCGGCACAGCUGGUCGCUCCAGGAGGAGGAGCCAGUGCGGGGGGCAAUGUUGGCGGUAGUAGCACUGGCGGUACUGUUGGCAGCGGUACCGGUGGACAACCGCCACGCGUAAAGUCUAUUGCAAACGCAACGAACAUCGACACGCUGCUAGUAGCGACACAGGAUCGUGAAGAGAAGAUCAUUUCCCCGCCGGAUGCAAUCCAGGACAAGACCGCGUUCAUAUUUAACAAUCUGAGUCAAAUCAAUCUCCAGCAAAAGUGUGAAGAGAUUAAGGAAAUCCUGCAGAAAGAUUACUACACUUGGUUGGCACAGUAUCUCGUGCUAAAGCGUGCCUCGAUCGAGGUGAACUUCCACGUGCUGUACUCCAACUUUUUGGAUGCGUUGAAAAUUAACGAAAUCAACAAACUCGUCACAAAGGAAACAUUCCGCAACAUUCGCGUGCUGUUACGGUCAGACAAGGGUAUAGCGAACUUUUCCGAUCGCUCUUUGCUGAAAAACCUUGGCCACUGGCUGGGCAUGAUGACGCUCGGCCGCAACAAACCGAUCCUGCAUCUCGACAUUGACGUGAAGUCGCUGCUGGUGGAGGCGUACAACAAGGGUCAGCAGGAGCUGCUAUACGUGGUGCCGUUUGUGGCGAAGGUCCUGGAAUCGUGUGCCAAGAGCAAGGUUUUCAAACCGCCUAACCCGUGGACGAUGGCGAUUAUGAACAUUCUCGCGGAACUGCACCAGGAGCCGGAACUUAAGCUAAACUUGAAGUUUGAGAUUGAGGUACUGUGCAAGAACCUCAACAUCGACGUGAGCGACCUGAAACCAGCCAUCUAUCUCAAGGACCCAGAACGUGCGCAAAACAUCGAGUACCAGCUGUCCCAACCGAAGCCCCCGAAGGAGGCACAACCGGUAAUGGGUGGUGGAGCUGGAGUGUCCGGCAUCGGUGUACCGGGUAACGCUGGUGGUGUGGUGGCCGUAGUAUCUCAGCUACCACCAGGACCGGACGAGAUGGGUUCGAGUGGACCUUCUAGCUCACCUGCUAACGUGGCGAUGGAUCCGGCGCUGGCAGCAACUGGACCGCCAGAACCUCGAUUCCACUACUCGGACAUCAACAUUGCCAAUCCGAGCUGUAUCGCACAGCAUAUCAUCUACCAUCCGACGCUAACCAUCUUGCACACCCACUCUCACCUGAAGGUGAUCGUGAAGACCAGUCUCGAGAGAACGAUAACCGAAUGGAUAUCGUUAAUCGUUGACCGUAGUGUGAAGAUUGCAUCCAAAACGACUGAGCAGAUUAUCCGCAAAGAUUUCGCACUCGAUGCGGACGAAACGCGAAUGCGCCGGGCAGCACACAACAUGGCGCGCAGUCUUGUGGCUGGCAUGGCGAUGAUUACUUGUCGCGAUCAGAUGUUGCAAAGCAUCCAGAACAACAUUAAAGCCGGCUUCGCGAACGCGGCUACGCACGCCCAGAAAGACAUUGUAGAAGGAGCCGCCACCCAGCUGGCCGUGGAUAAUAUCGAGCUGGUUUCGGCGUUCAUCCAGAAGACGGCCAUCGAGAAGGUAGCGAUCGAAAUGGACAAGAUACUGGCAGAAGACUUCCAGCUGCGCAAGAUUGCCCGUCAGGAGGGUCGCCGCUAUUGGGAUGCGAACGUGCUCUCGUACCAGGCGGAACGCAUGCCAGAACGGAUUCGGCUGAAUGUGGGCGGUGUGUCACCGAGCCAAUUGGCAGUGUACGAGGAGUUUUCGCGCAACAUUCCCGGUUUCCUGCCGAUCACGGAGCGUGAUGCAGCUCAGUUUGCACCAAAGAUGACGGAACUGAUGCCGUUCGUUGCUACACCGGACGAGAUUGGUGCGAUGUUCGAUGAGCUAGCAAGCAAGAUGGAUGCAUUCAUCAAGACGACACGCAUCAUUCCCAUACUGCAGCUUCACACGAACAACAUGGAACAAUUGCUGGAGUAUUUAAUUCACGCGCACCGCUCGCUAGACAACUUGACCGGGUGUACGCUGCUGAACAAAGCGGUAGAAGGUUUGCUGGAAGGUUUGGUUAACAUACCGGACCAACUCGAACACAUCAAACUUUAUCGCGAUAUUCAUUUGCGUGUGAUGCGUCUUAUGCAAGAUAAUCGCCUAUUUGGACCGCUGUGGACCAACAAAGCCAUCACCCGGUACAUGUUGGAAUGCCGCGAAGAGCUGCGGUACAAUGUAGAGGCGGUCGAUAUGCUGAUUUCGUCCAACUUUGUCAACAUGCAGCAGUUUGACAUCAUGCUGGUGCAGCUAAUGGAUAAUGGUAACAACUAUGUGGCGGUCGUGUUUGCAAUGCAGCUGCUACAAACGUUCUUCAUCGACGAGCGUCAUAAUUCGUUCAUCAUCGAGAAUGAGCUGGCUGGCACAAUUGAAAUGCUGCACCGGCUGACCGCACAUCCACGUGCACCGGAAGGGCUGACCCAUCUGAUCGAAAUGCUGCGGGCAAAUCAUGAUGCGAAUUCCUUCCUGAUGGACCGUGCCGUCGCUGGGCCGACUUCCUAUAUUCAUGCGGGCUUAGCACAAGCAAGGUUGGAAAUCGACGAUUCGCCUGGUUUUCUCGAACGAGCCGAAUUUCUGCUCAAGGAUUGGGUUACGAUUGCUCUCUCACCGAACACCUGCCGUGAUCCGCUAAAGGGCUUUAGCGUGUUUGUGGGCAAAAUGAAUGCGCAUGGCAUUUUGAAGGGUGAUGAACCGUUGACACGUUUCUUCCGCUUUGCUACCCAGUACUGCAUCGAUCUCACCUAUCGUAACAUGAACGAACCGAGUGCGAAAGCGAAAAUUUUCCAAUUCAUCGACGCUUAUGUAAGGUUGAUCGCGUUGUUGGUAAAGCAUUCGGGUGAAAGUGGCAACACGAGCACGAAGCUGAAUCUGCUGAACAAGAUUCUUGGCAUUGUUCUUGGCCUUUUGCUACAGGACCAGGAAAUACGUUCGACGGCCUUCCAGCAGGUCGGUUACCAUCGUAUAUUUGCCAUGCUGUUUGCGGAACUGUCUACGCAAGAUCCAAUUUUGGAAAAUAUUAGCAUAAACGUGAUUACCGCUUUCUGUCACAUAUUCCACAUGUUGCGACCAUCGAUUGCGCCAGUAUUUUGCUACUCCUGGCUGGAGCUGAUCGCGCACCGCGUAUUCAUUGGCCGUGUGCUUGCGCUGAUUCCACAGCAAAAGGGCUGGCAAAUGUAUUCGCAACUGCUGAUCGAUUUGUUCAAAUAUCUUGCCCCGUUCUUGCGCAAUGCCGAGCUGGCAAAACCGGUACAGCAUCUGUACAAGGGUACGCUUCGCGUGUUGCUCGUGCUGUUGCACGAUUUCCCGGAGUUUUUGUGCGACUAUCAUUUCGCGUUCUGCGAUGUAAUACCCUCGAACUGUAUCCAGAUGCGGAAUUUGAUACUGUCACCGUACCCGCGAAAUAUGCGCUUGCCCGAUCCAUUCACCCCGAAUCUGAAGGUUGAUAUGUUGAAUGAUAUUGGCGGAUCGCCGCGUAUUUCCAUCAACUACGUGUCCUCCAUUCAGCCCCCGAGCUUCAAAAAAGAUCUCGAUUCGUAUCUGAAGGCUCGUGCUCCAGUCACCUUCCUGUCCGAGUUGCGUUCAAAUUUGCAGAUUUCCAACGAGGUUGGAUCGCGCUACAAUAUUCCGCUAAUGAAUGCGCUUGUUCUGUACGUUGGCACCCAAGCCAUUGGACACAUACGAUCGAAGAAUCUGGGACCAACAAUGUCAACCAUCAUCCACAGCGCUCAUAUGGAUAUUUUCCAAAACUUGGCAGUGGACCUCGACACUGAGGGACGUUAUCUGUUCCUGAAUGCAAUCGCAAAUCAGUUGCGCUACCCGAACAGUCACACGCAUUACUUUAGUUGUUGCAUUCUGUAUCUGUUCGUGGAGGCAAACUCGGAAGCAAUUCAGGAGCAAAUUACGCGCGUUCUGCUCGAACGCUUGAUCGUAAAUCGACCGCAUCCGUGGGGUUUGCUGAUCACCUUCAUUGAGUUGAUUAAAAAUCCGAUUUAUAAAUUCUGGGAGCACGAUUUCGUUCAUUGUGCUCCGGAAAUUGAACGACUGUUUGAAUCCGUGGCAAAGUCGUGCAUGGUGACCAGCAAAAGCCAACAGCAAAUUCAAAACGUCGAACCCGACAUUACGGAGUGUAGCUAAAGUGCGGCGGAAAAAUUGGGCCGCUUCG